AUGUCUGAUUUUACUCUUAAAGAAGACUGGUUUCAUAGUGAUUUACUUAAAAUUUUUGCGUUGAAUAUACUAAAAAAUUCUCAAGAAAUGUGUCCUAAAUGUUUAGUUCAACCAGAAAUUCGUGUUGAUGAAAUUGAAAUUAUACGUAAACAUACUGCACAAUCUCUUUUUGAGUCUAGCACUAGCUUUACUACUGACUUAAAUGAGCUUAAUAAUCAGAUUUCCUUUUCUAAAAAAAAAUACAAUGAAUCAAUUCAUGAAGUUCUUAUUCAUUAUUACGACCUCAAAGAGGCUUUAUCAAAAGAAUAUAUUCUAGCACCAGUUUUAUCUUUUAUUAUUAAAGACAUAAUAGACCAUUUUGUUAAAAUAAAAUCAUCAGAUGAAGAAAUACGGCUUGAAAAAAAAAAAGAGUUCAAAGCUAUAUUUAAUUCGUGGGGAACCUUUUUUGAUAAAUCUUUUGCAGAAACGAAAAAGAAAAACUCAAAUGAAGAAGAAGAAGACUAUUUGUUAGAUGAUAGUUAUGACACCUCAGAUUCUUUUAUUGAUGAUGAUGAUGAAACUGAUUAUAUUGAUGAUGAAUAUGAUAUCUAA